AUCAUUAUUCCAUUUUUACCCCUUGUGAAUAAAAUAAGCUUCACCUCUUUUUCCCCCAAAUAGCAAAAAGAAAAUCCUAUAGAGAGAGAGGGAAAACAUGUCGGACGAGGAACAUCAUUUUGAGUCAAAGGCAGAUGCUGGUGCUUCAAAAACAUACCCACAACAAGCUGGUACUAUACGUAAAAACGGUUACAUAGUUAUCAAAGGACGUCCUUGCAAGGUCGUUGAGGUCUCCACUUCAAAAACUGGCAAGCACGGACAUGCUAAAUGUCACUUUGUGGCUAUCGACAUUUUCAAUGGAAAGAAACUUGAAGAUAUUGUUCCUUCCUCCCACAACUGUGAUGUUCCACAUGUGAACCGUACCGACUAUCAGCUGAUUGACAUCUCUGAAGAUGGUUUUGUCUCUCUUCUUACUGAAAAUGGAAACACCAAGGAUGACCUCCGGCUUCCCACCGAUGAAAAUCUGCUGAAGCAGAUUAAAGAUGGGUUCGAUGAAGGGAAGGAUCUCGUGGUGUCUGUUAUGUCUGCGAUGGGUGAAGAGCAGAUCAAUGCUGUUAAGGAUAUUGGCACCAAGAACUAGUUAUGCAGCGGCUGCAUAAAAUCAUUUUCAAAGCUAAGACAAUUACUGUUAUCCUAAUGUGGUACUUUGAUAUCACUUGGAUUAUAAAACACUGUUAUUUUGCACUUGUUGAACAUAGAAGAUAGAAGACAGUUUGCUGCUAUGGGUAGUAGAGGAAGUAUUGGUUUUGAGCACAGUUGAACUAUGUGAAAGUCCUAUCUAUAUUUAUAAAAAUUCACUGUUGCUUUUGGAUUUGCAA